AUGGGCGCGGCGCCAGCCUUCAACACGCCCAAAGGUGCAGACCCGGCUGGCGAGGUCGCGCUGAUCUGCCCGUCCACCCUCGCGUCCGCGAUCGCCAGCGACGACCCGCCGCUUGUGCUCGAGGCGACCGUGGGCUGCGCUGCGUCGGGAGCGUCCUGCUUCGUUCCUGGCGCCGUCCUGUUUGACCUCGCCGCAGUGGACGUGUACGAAGAGGACGCGACAGGGUCGCCGUUGCCACUGCCGGGCAACUACAACCUGCGCCCGCCGGCGGCGCUACGUGCCGCGCUCGAGCGCCACGGCGUGCGCGCAAGGCGCCGAUGCGUCGUCUACACACAGUGCCGGCGGCACACGACGGCGGCGCGGGAGGCGCAGGAGCGAGGGCACCACCACCGCUACCGGCCGGCGGCGUCGCGCGAGGGCGUGGCCGACCCGAUCGUGGCCGCGCGGCUCGUCUGGUGCCUCGCCUACGCCGGCGUCGAGCGCGUCGCCCUGCUCGACGGAGGGAUGAGUCUCUGGCUGGACGGAGGCUUCCCGGUCGCGGGGGAGCCGUCGCCGGCUGCGCCGGUCGCCGACUUCUUCGACGGGCGCGGUGGCGCCUUCCCGCGCCGCCCGGAGUACCGCGCCAGUGUUGAGGAGGUGGCGGCGGCGGUCGCUGCGAGCGGAGGCGGCGGCGGCGGCAGCGGCGGGCUGCGGAUCGGCGACGUGCGCGCGCCGUGCGAGUUUGCGGGCGAGGGGCACGACUACGCCUACGCGAUGCCGCACGGCCGCAUCCCUGGCGCCCUCCCCGCCCGGUGGGGCCCCUCCACCUUCGUCGGCAGCGAGUACUACGCGCCCCGCACCGGCGUGCUGAGGCCGCUGCGCGAGCUCGCCGCCUCGUGGCGGCAGGCGGGGCUGCUGCAGCGAGGCUCGCGGCGGGCGGGCGGGGCG